GCCGUCCAAUCAGAGCGCAGCGCAGCGCUACUACUUCCGUUUCUGCUGUGACGGAAACAUCCAGAGACUGCUAUUACUUCCAUGCUCUGGAGUGGACGUGGCCCUACGGACUUCAUAUCAACCACCCAUGCAGCACUGCCUCACUCUGACCCUUGCCCGGCACAGCAGGCUCCUCUUAAGAAAUAAACUUGCAUUUGUCCGCUGCCAGCAGUCAGCAGCCAUGUCAGGUCUCCUCAUCAACCAGCCCAAAUACUCCUGGCUGAAAGAGCUGGGCCUGUCUGAGGACAACCCUGGUGUUUACAACGGGAGCUGGGGAGGUAGCGGAGAGGUCAUCACGUCAUACUGCCCUGCCAACAACGAGCCGAUUGCCAGAGUAACCCAGGCAACUUUGGCGGAGUAUGAAGAAACUGUCCAGAAGUCGAGGGAGGCUUGGAAGAUGUGGGCGGAUAUUCCAGCUCCCAAAAGAGGGGAGAUUGUCAGGCAGAUUGGAGAUGCGCUUAGAAAGAAAAUCAAAGUCCUCGGGAGCCUGGUGUCUCUGGAAAUGGGCAAGAUCUACGUUGAGGGAGUGGGAGAGGUUCAGGAGUAUGUUGAUGUCUGUGAUUAUGCUGUUGGUCUGUCUAGGAUGAUUGGCGGGCCCAUCCUGCCUUCAGAAAGACCAGGUCACGCCCUGCUCGAGCAGUGGAACCCAGUCGGUCUUGUCGGCAUCAUCACCGCCUUUAACUUCCCCGUGGCCGUCUACGGAUGGAACAAUGCCAUCGCUUUGACCUGCGGCAACGUUUGCCUCUGGAAAGGCGCUCCAACCACGCCCCUCACAAGUGUCGCAGUUACCAGGAUCGUGGCUGAGGUGCUGGAGCAGAACAACCUGCCCGGUGCCAUCUGCUCCAUGACCUGCGGAGGCGCAGAUAUCGGCACAGCCAUGGCGAAGGAUGAGCGCGUGGAUCUGGUGUCGUUCACUGGCAGCACCCACGUCGGCAAGAUGGUGGCCAUGAUGGUGCAGGAGAGGUUCGGUCGUAAGCUGCUGGAGCUCGGCGGAAACAAUGCCAUCAUCGUGUUUGAGGACGCUGACCUGAAUCUGGUGGUGCCCUCUGCCGUGUUUGCCUCUGUGGGAACCGCUGGCCAGCGCUGCACCACAACCAGGAGGCUGAUGCUGCACGAGAGCGUUCACGACACAGUGGUUGAGAGGAUCGCCAAGGCCUACAAACAAGUCCGUAUCGGAGACCCCUGGGAUCCGAGCACCCUGUAUGGGCCUCUGCACACCAAACAAGCUGUGGAGCAGUAUCUGGCUGCCAUCGAGCAAGCCAAGCAGCAGGGUGGCACUCUGGUCUGCGGAGGAAAGGUGAUGGACCGCCCUGGAAACUACGUGGAGCCUACCAUCAUCACAGGGCUGGCUCAUGACGCUCCCAUUGUCCACACCGAAACCUUCGUCCCCAUUCUGUACGUCCUCAAGUUCAAGACGGAAGAGGAGGCAUUUACCUGGAACAACGAGGUCCAGCAGGGCCUGUCCAGCAGCAUCUUCACCAAAGAUAUGGGUCGGGUUUUCCGCUGGCUGGGGCCCAAAGGAUCCGACUGCGGCAUUGUGAAUGUCAACAUUCCUACAAGCGGAGCUGAGAUCGGAGGAGCCUUUGGUGGAGAGAAACACACAGGGGGUGGAAGAGAGUCCGGCAGUGACUCGUGGAAGCAGUACAUGAGGCGUUCAACCUGUACGAUAAACUACAGCAAGGAUCUUCCUCUGGCCCAGGGAAUCAAGUUUGAGUGAAGCCUUCCGGUAGUUUGUUGUUUAAGCGUUCGAUAAGCCCAAAAGGACAACACUAAAUGAUUUAGUGGCAGAGUGUUGCCGAGCAAAUGCUAGACGUGUGUCAUUGUAUUUUCAGGUCAGUUUUAAUUUUAACAACAUUUUGGAUCAGUUUCAUUUUACCUGAAUGAAAUCUGUGUCUAUGGUUGUUGCAUUAGAUAUGAAUCCCAGUUUUGAAAUAACAUAAUUUUGUGUGAAAGGUCAAAUUUUGUUCCUUCAAACAGCUGGUGUGCACUUUUCUACAAGCACUUGGAAAUUGAGUUUGAGUGCUAGAUAACUGUACCAGAUACUUUAUACUGUAUAAAAAAAUAAAUCUUGCCUUUAUUUUGGAACAAAGACUGGAGUGGACAUUUUUAAUGUGUAGAUUACAUCAUAGUUGUGCAAAUCUCAUUCAAACACAGACUGCUUAAAAAUCUUGUCAUAAACUUUCUCAAGGUCAAUUGAUAAACUGCACUUUGGAGUCACACUGUGCUUUUCAGAUAAUAAAACAACAAUAAAUAAAAGGCUUCAUGUUGA